GCAGCUGCAGGAUGAUUAGGGCGUCUCUUUGUCAACAGGUAGAUUUUGAAAGUGUAACUGAGGCAGGAUGUUUCUCCUUUCAAUCUUAAAUAACUCUCGUAUCAACAUUUUGUUAAUAUCUAAUAAUUAUAUAAAUCAUUUAUUCAGAAACUCCUGUGAACACAGCAAUGCUCAGCUGAAGAGAUGAAGUUAAUUUGUUUGACUUUGCUGAUUAUAAGCGGAAUUACAGAUUCAGUAUCAGAGCGGUAUGAAGUCAUGGGAUCUUCGGAUCCUGUGUUUGCUGUAGCUGGUGAAGAUGUGAUUCUGCCCUGUUCAGUCAAACCCAACAUCAGUGUUGUAGACAUGAGAGUGGAGUGGUUUAGAUCUGAUCAGAAAAACACACAACUAGUGCAUCUUUAUGAGGAUCAUGUAGACAGAAACACAGAUCAGAUUCAGUCCUACAGAGGGAGAACAAAACUGAUCCAUCCAGAACUACAGAGAGGAGAUGCAUCACUCAAACUCUCUUCAGUCCGAGUCUCUGAUGAAGGACUUUAUAAUUGUAGUAGGACAUCCUCCAGUGAUCACUGUAGAUGGGUUUGAUCAUUCAGGAGGGCUUCAUCUACAGUGUGAAUCUGAAGGCUGGUAUCCUGAACCUGAUCUUGAGUGGCUGGACAGUGAAGGAGUCAGUCUGAGUUCAGAAACUAAAGAGACACACAGAAAUACAGACAGAUUCAGUGUGAAACACACCACUACUGUACAUCACAGUGACGACAAGAUUCACUGCAGAGUCAAACUGAGACAUCACAUGCUGGAGACACUGAUUAUCAGCUCAAGUAAUAUGUUUAGUUCUUGGAGGACAUCAGUCAUCAUGAUUUCAGUGGCUGUUGUGCUCAGUGUGAUUGCUGGGAUACUGAUAGCUGUGUUUGCUCGUAAAAACAGAGAUUACGAUCAACUACAAAAUGAGCAGAGAAGACUACAACAUGAACUUGAUCAACAUUUACAACUUCUGAAGACAAUCAUACCUAAAGCUCUCACACAUUUAAGAACACACAAGGUGAAUGUGAUUCUGGAUGCUGAUACGGCUCAUCUGCGUCUCAUUGUGUCUGAUGAUGGGAAACAAGUGAGAUAUGGCAAAAACAGACAAACAGAAAGAGUGGAUGGAGGAAAAGACAGAUUUGAUGAUUAUCUUGGUGUUCUUGGGAAGGAUGGAUUCUCCUCAGGGUGUUUUUACUUUGAGGUGCAGGUGAAGGGACAAACUAGGUGGCAUUUAGGAGUCACCAGAGAAUCUGUUAGAAGGAAGGGGUUGAUCAAUCUGAGUCCUGAGGAUGGAUACUGGACUGUGGGUCUGUUUGGUGGGGAGUAUCGGGCUUAUGAGUCUUCAACUGUCUCUCUUUCUCUGAGUGUGAAUCCUCAGAGGGUUGGUGUGUUUGUGAAUUAUGAGAAGGGUCUCGUCUCCUUUUGUGAUGUGGAGUCCAUGUCUCAUAUCUCCUCUUUCACUAAUCAGUCUUUUCAUGAGAAACUCAAUCCAUUAGUUAGUUUGGGGUAUGGGAGGAAUGAAAACCCCACUCCACUGAUUAUCUGUGAUGAUUACUAAUGAGAUCAGUGACUGAAUUUACAUAAUUCACUGAAAUCAACCAAAAUACAAUUUAAACAGUGUAACAGCAAUAAAUAUUAAAUAUUAAUUGCACUUCCAGUCAAAAAUUUGGUCACACAACGGUGAUUUUAUGUUUUCUGUGAUCUUCUGUGAUUUUGUAAAUAAAUAUA